CUCGGGCGUCCCUGAAGAAGGGGUCCUCCAGGAAGCCCCCCUGCGAGUCACCAGCAGGGACCUCAAGCGGCCAGGGGAGACCCACACACCAUGAUGGAGGCGCUGCUGGGGGAGGCGUGGUGAGGCGCUGGUGGUGGUACUGACCAAGAGGGACCGCUGACAUGUUCUCCAAAGCCAAGAUAAAGAGAUUCAACGAGGAAGUCGGCUGUGCCCCGCCACCCACUGCUUACAACCCCAAGCUAAACAAGAAGGUGGUAGCCGCUGUGUCCCUCGACAAGUCCGACAGGUGGAAGGAGCAUGGACAGGACACACCAGGCCCAGGAGCUUACACCACCACCACUGCCACCCCCUCCUCCUCCUCCUCCCCGAAGAAGAAGAUGGCCUCCUCCUCCUCCUCCAACCGCCUCAACUCUUCCACCUGCUCCAACUUGUCUUCCGGAUCCAGCAACGGAUUCUUCAUCAGUCCAAUGCCCCCUGCUCGCCUUACAUCAGUGGGACAAGGAGGAGCUGUAGGAGGAAAGGACCUGGAGUUGCAGGGACGUAUUAAAGAACUGACACUGGAGAGAGAUCAGCUCAAGAUUGAUAUUAAGAACUUGAAGCUUAGACUGAGAGGCCUGGAGAGAGAGAGGAAGAGGCAGGUGGCUGAUGCUGGGACUGACUCAUCAGAUGUAUUCCUGCCCUCACUGACCAGUGAGGGAAGCCAGACGGACGAGGGGUGUUUGAGGACGUCACAGGAUGCUGGUGAAGACAUACCCCCACCACCGCCACCACCAUCGCCGUCCUCCACCACAGCACUGCGUCAGGCACUGAGCAGCACCCAAGAGGAGCUGCAGGAGGCACAGCACACCAUCUCACGCCUCAAUGACGAGCACAGCGACUUGCAGCACAGACUAGAGCAGCUGCAGGAACAGCCCCACCAAGUGCCCCACGACCCAACACUCCUGAGGGAGCAGCUGGAGCACCUUACACAACUGCGAGACAACCUGGAGGCCACACUGCUGCAGAAGGAGGACCUCAUUGCUGAGUUGAGGCUGCAGCUGGACGAGGUGGUGGCUGAGGGGAACCAGACACAGCAGCAGCUUCAGGUGUCUCUGACAGAAAGCCGCAGCCUGAGGGAUGAGGCAGAGGGGCGGGUGCAGGGGCUGGUGGCACGGUACGAGGCGUUGAUGAGGCAGCACGGCCAGGAGAAGGAGCAGCACAGGGAGGAGCUGGCCAAGAGAGACAUUGAGAUUGAACUCUUGAACGGAAGUCUUAGUAAUCUCAAUAGCAAGGUGUCAGAGUAUGAGGAGACCCUGGCCAGCCUGCAGGAGGAGGUGACACAUCGCACGCACCGUAUCUCACAGCUGGAGGCAUCUGUGCAGGACCUCACUGGCGUCAAGAGGGAGAGGGACUUGAAGGACGAGGAGCUGUCACUCAAGUCAAAAGAGAUGGCUCACAUGGAGGAGACCCUGGAGGAGGUGGAGGGGGAGUGGAGGGGCCUUCUAUCCACACUGGAGGAGGAGAGGGAGCACAUGAGGAUGCUAAGCUCAAAAGUUCACAAGAUGGAGACAGAGUUGAAGGAAAAAGAGGUCCUGCAGCAAUUUCUGGAGAAGGAAAUAUCAGCUAGAGAGGAGGAGAUAAGCCAGUCCUCCUCAAGGGUGCAGGAACUUGAGGGGGAGCUGGAGACAGUGAGACGUGUGGCCCUUGACCUGCAGGAGGAGGCUGAGGCCAAACUGAAUGAGAUGCUUGCCCUGAAGGCUUCCGUGAGUGCCAAAGAGCAUGACCUUGAGACCCAGAGUGACCUUAUCUCCACACUGCAGCAGGAGGUGAGCCAGAGAGCUAACGAGACUGUGACCCUGCAGGAGAAGUUUGCAGCACAGCUAGGCACGACCUCGAAGGUGGAGGAGGACCUGGAGGGGAAGACUAAGGAGAUCAAGAGACUGGAGGAAGAAGUGUCCAGCCUCAAGAGAAGCCUCACAGAGAAGGAGGAAAGUCUCUCCCGACUGGAGGAAAGAUCAGGCCAGGUGGAGGAAACCAACCACCAGCUGGAGGAGAGAGUGGUGGAGCUCAUGGGGGAGAUUAGCGACCGGGAGGCUCAGUUUGUGCUCAGACUAAACAGCAUGGAGGGGGAGAUGGACGAACUUAGCGUCAAGUACUCGGAGGCCCUGCUAGACCACGAGGCCACAAGGCGGGUGCUGGGCCAGGCCUCGGAAGAGCUGGCCAAGGAGACGCUGGUGAGGGCAGCAGCUGAGAGGCAGGCACAGGACCUCAGGCAGCAGCUCAGUGACACGAAGGCAGAGAAGGAGGCUGAUGACGCACACCUGAAGGAUCUUGUUAGGAAGUACACGAAUUUAGAAGAUGCUCUGGCAUGUGAAGAAGCAGAGAAUAGGGACUUGGAGGAGAGGCUGGAGGAGGCAAGGGCGGCAGCAGCAGCAGUGAGGUCCGAGUUGACAGCCACACAGACAGCCACGGAGGGCUUCAAGACACAGAUCACACAGCUUAAGAUCGACAUGAGGAAGAAGUGUGAUGCAGUGGAGGAAAUGCAGCUGUGUAUUGAGGCGCUGCGGGAGGAAAAACAGCAUCUUUCCUCCGUCAGAGACAACCUGGAGGAAACUAUCUCCGCCCUCCACCUCCAGGCUUCCACCAGCGAGAGGGAGGCGGAGGAGGAGCGCGUGGUCUUCCGCUCAAGGAUUGCAGACCUGGAGAACCACUUGAAGGAGGUGGAAGAGCAGGUGGAGGUUGAGAGGGAGAAGGCUGCGAGAGGCAAGGAGGAGCUGACCCGCCUGGAGGAGCAGCUGCGGGAGGUGGAGGAGAGGGAGAGGGAGCAGGUGGAGCGCGUGGGACAGCUGAGUGGAAGGGUGGAGGAGCUAGAAGCGGACUGCGACGGAUACAAGGAUCAGCUGAGGAAUCUUGAGACCUCCUUACAAAACAAGACAGAACUGGAGACCCACCACCAGGAGACAACCUCAGUGCUACAGACCACUGCCAACACACUGCGGCAGGAGGUAGAGGGCCUUGUCACCUCCCUGGCAGACAAGACCUUGGAACUGCAGGCCCUCAAAGAUACACUGACUGAGAAGGACGAGGAGAUGAGAAAUUUGGCAAAGGAGGCUGAGGAGAGGAGAGGAGACCAGGAGACCAUUGAUAAACUGAAGGAGGAACUGAAGGAGAUGAAGGAGGCACUGGAGAGGCUAGAGGCGGAGCAGGGGGACACGGAAACGCUGAGGAAGGACAUGGAGGAGUGGAAGAAGAAGUGCCUCCACCUUGAGAACAUGGUGGAGCCCUUCAGAGCCCAGCUGGAUGCCUAUGAAAUAGAGAAGAAUGGCUUGUUGGAGCAGAGCAGUGCGGCCAAGGAUGAGGUGGACAAGCUGAGCCAGAGGUACGCCACUCUGCUGGGCCACCAGAACCACAAGCAGAAGAUUCACCACGUCAGGCAGCUCAAGAUGGACAACAACCAGCUGAGAGAGGAGGUGCACAAGUUACGGCAGGAGGCAGAACGGCAACGCAAGACAGUUCGACGUUUGGAGGACAAAUUGGUGAAGGGUGCCCAGUCAUCCUCCUCUUCCUCAAAACUCGGGGAUACUUCAAGACUCUACGCUGGAGACAAGGAGAACACAGCCACCUCCUCCAACUCCUUCUUUGAUCCUCCCAGCCUCUCCUCCACUCCUCUGAGGCCAAGCAACAGACCACAGAGACUUUGAAGAGAUAGAGAGACAAAUUAGUGUGUUUCUGUGUCACUGAGCAUCUUGUAGGCUGGAGAGAUUUUAAGGAGAGAUUAGAGAGAGAAAGUUAUGCGAAUGUCUCUCUCUGUCUUUGCCUCUCUCUAGGGUCCAGUCUAAAAACACAAACACAUCAAAUUCUCUAUCUCUUUUAAGAAUCUCUACAGCCUUAACACUGUAGAGACUUUAGGGAGAGACAGAGAUAUGACCUGAUGUGCCUUUGUGUUACUUUGAAUGGCUGUAAACUAGAGAGAGAGAGAGAGAGAGAGAGACAGAGAGAGAUAGUUACUUCACGUGUCUGUAUUAGGAUUUUUUUUUGAAGAGAUGGACUUUUAAAUGAGUGGGAGAGAUAGAGAUAGAGAUGGUGAUUAGGAGAGAGAUAAAGAGAGUCAUUGCUUUAUUUUUAAGGAGAAAGAGAGGGAGAGAUAAGAGAUAGUAACUUAAUCUCUGUUUUUUUUAAUGGUUUGUGUUGUAGUGUGUUUUUAAAGAGGUAAGAGAUGGUGGUUAGAGGGAGAGAGAGAGUCAUUUUAUUAGUAUUUUGUGUUUAGUUUAUUUUGAUGCGAUAGAGAUGACUUAAUUUUUUGUUCUUUAAUUUCUCUUUUUCUCCUUUUCUCUCUCCUAUUUUCAGUCUAUGGAUAAAGAUGACUUAAUUCUUAUUCUUUAUUUUCUCUUUUCUCUCUCCUGUUUUCAGUCUAUAACUUUUAUUUUUUUAUUUAUUCUGAUUUUCUGUUUUCUCUCCUAUUUUCAGUUAUUUUAAGCCUGUUUCCCCCCCCCCCCCUCUCUCUCUCUCUCUCUCUCUCUCUCUCUCUCUCUCUCUCUCUCUAUGUAUUUUAUCAUUGCACAUUUAAGUCAGUGAGGUUUGGUAUAUAAAGAUCAGUAGGUUAUAUGUAUGUAUGUAUUAUUAUUAUUAUUGUGUAUCAUAUCAUUGCUCCCCCUCCUCGUGUCCUCAGUGUGUGUGUGUGUGUGUGUGUGUUAGUUAUUUAGUGUUCUAUGAUCCUUCAGUCAGUGUGUAGUGCCAUUAUUACUAUUAUUAUUAUUAUUAUUAUUAUUAUUAUUAUUAUUAUUAUUAUUAUUAUUAUUAUUAUUAUUAUUGUAAGGUUUAAUAUUCACAAAUUCGUUUUUUAUUUGAUAUUUUUGGGGGGACAUUUUUUGUUUUAUUAUUAUUAGUAGUAUUAUAAGUAUUUGCCUCUAUCUUGCCUCUGAUUGGCUAUUGAGAGGGAGUGUUGUGACCAAUCAUAUACCUGUGCUUGUGUAUAUAUGACUAUUACUACUAUUACUAUUACUACCACCACCAUCACAUCACCACUACUACUACUACUACUACUUCCUCUUAGCUCCUGCAACUACUACUACUGCUACUACUACUACUACUACUACUACUACUACUACUAUUACAGCUACUACCACUGCCAUCACCACCACUAUUACUACCACUAUGUUAUAAGUUACAUACACACAAUCAUAACUAGCUUAAGAAACCUACUACUACUACUACUACUACUAUUUGGUUCAUCUAUGAUAUAUAUUUUUUACAGAGUCCAAUAAAGACAUUAGUAUUAUAUUUUUGUAUUAAGUGAAGGCGGGAGUGAAGGAGUCUGUGUGUAGAAGAAAAAAUGCCAGUUUUAUUUGUAUCAUUAAAGUAAAAGUUAUGAAAA